AUGGGCCCCCCCCCCAACUUCCAGGGCUACCUCAAGGGGGCCCUCAGCCGCGCCUCUUUGCUGCUGCAGUCGGCCCUGGGGGCCCCCCGCGGACCUCCCUCAGGAGGGGGCCCCAGCAGGGGCCCCCCGCCUCCCAGGGGGGCCCCCAAGGGGCCCCCGCGGGGGGCCCCCGGAGGGGCCCCCGGGGGGCCCCCGCGGGGGGCCCCCGGGGGGCCCCCCUGGGGGGCCCCCCCCUCGCUGGCAGCAGCAGCAGCUUCGCUCCGUGGGCGGCUCGCAGCAGCAAACGAACAAGUGGGGUCUUGGGCGCUGCGAGAGGCCCCCCCUGCCUUUCGUUUUAAGGGUACUAAGUAUGCAGCUUACCCCGGGGGGCCCCCCCGGGGGGGCCCCCCGGGGGGCCCCUGGGGGGGCCCCCGGGGGGGCCCCCUGGAGCAGCAAAAGAAAGCCAAUUUGCUGUCGCUGGGGCUGCUGCUGGGCUCUGCAUGCAUUUUGAUUUUUACCCCUUUGUACCUCAACAGCCUUUACGGACAAAGGCCCAGCAAGCAGCACUGA